CUUACACUCGCGGCACAGGCUGACAGUAUUGUCGGGGGCUAUUCUCUCUCCCAGGAACAUGGCGGCGAGUCAGGGAGGAGGUGGUAACAGUGGGGGCGGCGGUUGUGGUGGAGGUGGAAGUAGCGGUGGCGGUGGCACGGCCGGAGGGGGAGGUGGCGGGGCUGGAGGGGGAGGCGGCGGCGGCGGCGGCGGCGGCGGGACCCUGGUGGUCCCCAUCCCGGUACCGACUCUUUUCGGUCAGCCGUUUCCCAACGGGCCGCCGUGGAACCCGGGUAGCCUGCAGCCUCAGCACACCGUGAGGAGCCUGGACCGGGCCCUGGAGGAGGCGGGCAACUCCGGUAUCCUGAGCCUCGGUGGUCGGAAGCUCCGAGACUUCCCGGGCAGCGGCUACGACCUGACGGACACCACCCAAGCAGAUCUUUCCAGAAAUCGUUUUACAGAAAUUCCUUCUGAUGUCUGGUUAUUUGCACCCCUUGAAACAUUAAAUUUAUAUCAUAAUUGCAUCAAAAGCAUUCCUGAAGCCAUUAAAAAUCUGCAGAUGUUAACGUACCUUAACAUUAGCCGAAAUCUUUUAUCAACAUUGCCAAAAUACCUAUUUGAUCUUCCCCUUAAAGUUUUGGUCGUCAGUAAUAAUAAACUAGUAUCCAUUCCAGAAGAAAUUGGGAAGUUAAAAGAUUUAAUGGAGUUGGAUAUUAGCUGCAAUGAGAUUCAAGUCCUUCCCCAACAAAUGGGAAAAUUACAUUCACUUAGAGAGCUAAAUAUAAGAAGAAAUAAUCUUCAUGUUUUGCCAGAUGAAUUAGGAGAUCUUCCCUUAGUCAAGCUGGAUUUCUCUUGUAAUAAAGUGACCGAAAUUCCAGUUUGUUACAGAAAGCUGCAUCAUUUACAAGUAAUAAUUUUGGAUAACAAUCCAUUGCAAGUACCACCAGCACAGAUAUGUUUAAAGGGUAAGGUGCAUAUAUUUAAGUACUUAAAUAUUCAAGCAUGUUGCAGAAUGGAUAAGAAACCAGAUUCCCUGGAUCUUCCAUCAUUGAGUAAACGAAUGCCCUCCCAGCCUCUCACAGACAGUAUGGAAGAUUUUUAUCCAAAUAAAAAUCAUGGUCCUGACUCUGGAAUUGGAAGUGAUAAUGGAGAGAAACGAUUAUCCACAACAGAACCGUCAGAUGAUGACACAGUCAGCCUUCAUUCUCAAGUCUCAGAAUCAAAUAGAGAGCAGACAUCAAGAAAUGACAGUCACAUAAUAGGAAGUAAGACUGAUUCUCAGAAAGACCAGGAGGUAUAUGAUUUUGUUGACCCCAACACAGAAGAUGUAGCAGUUUCUGAACAGGGAGAUGCACAUAUUGGAUCAUUUGUAUCUUUCUUUAAGGGAAAAGAAAAAUGUUCUGAAAAAUCUCAGAAAAAUGAAGAAUUAGGAGAUGAAAAAAGACUUGAGAAAGAACAGUUACUGGCAGAGGAAGAGGAUGAUGAUUUGAAGGAAGUAACUGAUUUGAGGAAAAUAGCUGCUCAGUUAUUGCAGCAAGAACAGAAGAACAGGAUUCUUAAUCAUUCAACUUCUGUGAUGAGAAACAAGCCAAAACAAACUGUGGAAUGUGAAAAGAGUGUCUCAGCAGAUGAAGUUAAUUCACCAUUAUCACCCCUCACAUGGCAGCCCUUAGAAAAUCAGAAGGAUCAAAUAGAUGAACAACCGUGGCCAGAAUCUCACCCUAUAAUCUGGCAGAGUGAAGAAAGGAGGAGGAGCAAACAGAUUAGAAAAGAAUAUUUUAAGUAUAAAUCAAUGAGGAAGAGUUCAAGUGGCAAUGAAAAUGAUGAGCAAGACAGUGAUAAUGCUAAUAUGUCACCACAAUCUCCAGUAUCAUCUGAGGAAUAUGACAGAACUGAUGGUUUUUCACACAGUCCCUUUGGCUUGAAGCCUAGAUCAGCUUUUAGCCGCUCAUCUCGCCAAGAAUAUGGGGCAGCAGAUCCGGGAUUUACAAUGAGAAGAAAGAUGGAACAUUUACGGGAAGAGCGAGAGCAAAUACGACAACUUCGCAACAAUCUUGAAUCCAGGUUAAAAGUAAUUUUGCCUGAUGACAUUGGAGCUGCACUGAUGGAUGGGGUUGUUCUUUGCCAUUUAGCCAAUCAUAUAAGGCCACGUUCUGUUGCUAGUAUUCAUGUACCAUCACCAGCAGUGCCCAAACUGAGCAUGGCAAAAUGUCGAAGAAAUGUAGAAAAUUUUCUUGAUGCUUGUAAAAAGUUGGGUGUCUCACAGGAAAGACUUUGUUUGCCUCAUCAUAUUUUGGAAGAACGAGGACUUGUGAAAGUUGGUGUCACAGUUCAGGCGCUCCUUGAAUUACCAACAACCAAGGCAUCUCAGCUUUCUAUGGCUUGAUAUAACAUUUAAAAAAUUUAAGUGUAUAGUUUCAUUUAUUUGCAGUGAUUUCAAAUAUUUCAAAUUCAUGAAUAAGAGUAUUCCAUCAGAAAUAGUUUGCCUUAGGUCACGCCUUAGGAUUUUAAAAAAAUUACGUUGAAACAUCAGACUUAAACAUUGAAUUGCCCAAACUUCUUUUGGGUUAAAACUGGAUUAAUUUAAUAAGAGUAUUUGAUAAACUCAAAUUCUCUUUUUACUAAAUCAGUUGAUAAUCUUGAUUAUUUUUCAGAAAGCAGACUGAUACUAAAUUUAAAAUGUAGUUUCAAUUUAAUAAUCACGUUAGGUUUAAUUUUUUUACGUCAUAGCAUACUAGUAAACAUCUGGAUAAAGGUAAUUGUUUUUUAGCAAUUUAGAGCAAUUCUAUAUUUGAGUUAUUUAAUACACUUCUAAUUCUAAUUUAUACACAAUUUCUUCAAUCUUUGGUCUUAGUUUUCUAGAAAAAAAGGCGUAGAAGAAACAAUUCUGGCUUUAUAUUAAAUUCUUUUAGUAUUAUAGGUUGGUGCCAAAAUAUUUUCAGUUGUACUGUAGAUUGUUUACAUGUGAAGUGCCUGUGUAAUUGAUGACUCUUAUAUAGUCUUAAGCAUUUUUGCAAUUUUUUAAAUGUAUUUAAAUAGAGUCAAUGGAACUUUAAAAUAUUUUAGUAGAUUUUGUAGGGUCAGUAAUAUGUGAGGAUUUAAAUGAGCCUCACAUUGUGACAUUUGUGAUUUUUUAGUUAGUCCAUUGCAGUUUCCCUUAAAUUGGUUAUUUCAUGUUGUCAAAAAUACCAAUGUUAAUAUGGUUAAUUUAUGAUAUUUAAUUUUGUGAAACUUAAUCAUCUUUUAAAAUGUAUUAUUUGAAGAGUAUUUUAUUUCUGUAUUGAAAAUGUUACACAAAGCAGUAAAGUUUUUGAGAACUAGUGGAGUACUAAUUAUCAAGGACAUUUUGAUAAAACUGCCAAAGUUUGGGUUUAUAUCUUGCCUUUGAGCAGCAUUAUAUCAGUGCUGCCUUUAGCUAUAUUCAGAGAGCAGCAGUUGAGGAAUAGCCUUUUACUCAAAAUCUGGCCAUUUGUGAAUCCUGUAAACCUUGUGAUCUUCAAUUACUUUGAUGUUAAAUUAAAUACAGACUCUUCUAUAAAUAUUUUCAUGAGAUACUAUGUUACACAAAGUCCUUGUUUAACUUACAUAUGGGUAAAUUUACAUUGGUGGUAUUACAGGAAUUUUUCAAAAACAUUACUGUAAUGAAUAACUGAGUUUCCUAUAGAAAAAUCUUAAUAAUUACUUUUGUAGUAACCAAGCAAGCAUCAUAUCUUAAGUAUGUGAUCAUUUGUACUUCUUACCUCUUAAUAUGGAUGCAAGUUAUUAAAACUGUUGGCCUGGGUAUUUCAAAGGGUAUAUAUAAACGGUAAAAACUAGUGUGCCAAAUGGUAUAGGAACAAAUGUACUUUUUUUGAUCAGUUGGCAUGAAGCCAUAGAAUUAAAUUUUGGCUUUAGAAAUCAGAUGUGUUCAUUACAUUCCCCAAGGGUCAAAUUGGAGCUUUUAAAGAAUUAAAGCUUCUAUGACUGUAUGGUUUAAGAAUUAAAGUAUUAGUAAUUUAUUAAAUAUUUGAGCUUAUUAGUUGUUAAUUUUUUAGUUGGAUUAAAAAAAAAACUCACACAUUCUCCCUAGUAAAAACUUGGGUAAUAUAUGUAAGAAAUGGCAAAUAAAUACCUUAGUUAAUGACUUUUUAUGUAGAAAUUUGACAGCAUUACAAAUUAAGUGACCAUUUAAAACACAGCAAUCAUUCAUACUGCUUUCAUAGGUUUUAUGAUAGUCUCUGAUUAAUCAAUCUAGUGUUAAUUAUUUUACAAGUGUUGUCCUGUUUCAUAUCUUUGAAGUAGUAGUGAAAUUGUAGGCCAUUUUCUUAUUGCAUUUCACUUACUUGUCAGUUAAUUAUUCCUUUAAAAAGAAAAUACAGCAGAACCUCACUGUAGCAUUCUUUACUGCAAAGCAAAAUUCAAUUUAAGAUGGGCUUAUCUGAGGUCCAUAUCAUGGCAGUUCAUUACUCUUGUGCCAAAUGGCAACACCACCUCUAAAGCAGUUUCACAGCAUAGUCCCCUACAACGUUAUACCAAGGCUCUGAUGUAUUUCUUUUAGUAGUUUCUAAGUGUAAAAUUUAUUCUAAAUGUUUUUAUGGCUAUUAUCUAUUUCAUCAGUUAUUGAAUUAAGAAUGAUUUUCAUUACUUGAGUGGGAUUUGUGAUUUUAUGACAGUUAAAUAAUCAAAAAUAUUUUAUUAGGCCCCCAAAAUUUAAUAGAUAGCUAUUUCUGUUACAUUUUAUUACUGUAUGGCACAAGAAAGAAGUGACAUUGGGUAUGUUAGAAAUGAAAUAAGUAAAAAUGCAUUACCAUUUGUUUAAUAAUUAUCUUUACAGAAUGCUAGUUUAAUGACUUUUUUAACUGAAUUUUUUGAAUAAAUCAGAAAUGUUUGUAUUUGUCACAGAUCUAUCAUAAUUGAUUUUCUGAUGCAUUUAAAAAUAAAUGGAACACUUAAAUGUAUAUUACCGAUGCAAACUGUGGAUAAAGUUGAAAGACAAAAUUUUAA